AUGCAAUUUUUUAUUCAGGACGUUAACUAUGAACACAAAUGGAUAAGAAGUGCGCCUGCCAUUGGAUUAUCUUCAGGUGCUCUCCUUACAAUUGGGGGAUACGACUAUGAUAAAUAUGGUCGCUUAGACGAAAUUUGGAAAUUAUAUAAUGACGUAUGGUCUCUUGUUGGUUAUCUCGCACAGGCAGUUGAUACAUCAUCAGUCUUGCUCGUUGAAGACUCUUCAUACGUUUUUCCUCGUUAUGGAGAUCAAGGACUUCAAAUCCAACGCAUCAAUUUAGAUUCGGAUGAACAAAUUCUUUCAACAGAUCUUCUUGGAGAUCAAAGAGCAAAAGUGUAUUAUCCAAUUCUAUUUGUCACAUAUGUUGAUUUCUGUAGUUCUGGAAACUAA